AUGAAUGAUGAAAAUCUUUCAUUUGAUACAAAUCAAAUAUCAUCCGAUGAACAACUUUCACAAAUAAUUGAUUCAAUUAAUCUUUCAACUGCAUGUGAAGAUACAAAUACUGAUGAGUCCCAAACAAAAUCAUCAACAACUACAACUCGUACAUCAGGACAAACAGCAAUUGGUGCUAAACUUGUUAAAAAAUUAGAAACAUUUGCUGCUACUUCAAAAGAACCUAAACCAACUAAUAGUAAAACAUCAACAACAACAGCAGCAGCAGCGGCAGCAAGUAAUGCAACUUCUUCAACAACGAACAAUGAAUCUGAAUCACGUCGAAAUAUUACUAAAGCUGCUAAAAAUAUUGUAAAAAGUUUAACGGAUCCCGAUCCACAAAAAAAUUUAUUAACAUUAGCAACAAAAAUAGCUGAAUUACAAGAACAACAACGAUUGACACAAGCAAAAGCGAAUGAAUCAGAAAAACGAUUAACAAUUCUAAUGCGUGAACGUGAUCAAGCUUUACUUGAGAAUGGUCGUAUCGUAGCAGCCAAAGCAAAACUAGAAAGUCUUUGCCGUGAACUUCAUCGACAUAGUCAACAAAUACGUGAUGAAAGUGCUCAACGACAACGUGAUGAGGAAACAAAACGUCGAGAACUAGCAACGAAAUUUCAGACAACUAUUGAUGAGAUAGCAUCACAGUUAUCGAAUUAUAGUGAAAAAUCAACUUCAUUACGUGAACAAAAUAUUCAAUUAUCUGAAGAAUUAACAUCUGUUGUUAAAAAAUAUGAAUUACGUGAAAAGGAAGUUGAAGCAGCAUUAAAGAAAAGAGAACUUGAAUUACGUUUAACUGAAGCUAGUUUAGAACAAAGUCAUACUUUACUUGAAGAACGAACUGAAUUAAUUAAACAAGAACGACAAGUCAGUGAAGCUGAACGUUUAGUUUUAUAUAAAAAAUGUGAGGAAUUAGCUGCAUCUGAAUUAAGUCUUCGUUCUCAAGUACAAAUGUAUUCGGAACGUUAUCAAGAAUUUCAAAAUGCUAUACAACAAAGUAGUCAAAUGGUUACAUCAUGUCAUGCUGAAAUAGAAAAAAUGGGAAAAAAAAUUAAAAAAUUAGAGAAAGAACGAACUGAUUUCCGACAUCGAUGGGAAGUUGCUGAACAAAGUCAAAGAAAAGCAAAUGAAGAUUUCAAACUUUUGGAGAAAGAAAAACGACAAUUAGAAAUUAAACUUGAUAAACUUGAUAAAUUAAGUCGAGCUUUACAACAAGAACGGUCUGAUUUACAAGCAACAAUUAAAAAAUUAUCGAAAUCUCCAACAACAGUUUCGGCAUUAUCUUCUGUACCACCGACGACAACAACAACAACAACAGUUAGCUCAUCAAUUGAAGAGGAUCCAUCUGUUCAUGUUAACGCAUCAUCAACUUCUGAGGCCACAACGUCGUCAGAGACAGCAGUAAAUGGACAUGAUGUGUCUAAGACUGAUUCUGUUCUGUCAACAACUUCCGACGUUGAUGGAUCUAGUACUGUAUCUGAAUCACCCAAUUUAUAUGACAGCGAAUUGGGUCGUAUUGCAAACACUGUUGAUUAA